GGCCUUCGUUUUAUAGUGCAGAGUACACCGGUUUUCACACUUUCUCAACCAACAUUGGCAGGAAUCAUGGCCAACUACCACAAACCAGAAUCCAAAGUUGUUCAAGAACUCAGAGAUAUUGCCAACAAAAUAAGGAUCCAUUCUAUUACUUCUACUCAAGCUGCGAAAUCGGGACAUCCAACAUCAUGUUCUUCUAUUGCGGAAAUACUUUCAGUCCUCUUCUUCAACACAAUGCGCUACAAAGUAUCAGCACCAAGGGAUCCUUCCAACGACAGGUUUAUCUUAUCCAAAGGACAUGCUGCACCGGCUCUAUAUGCUGCCUGGUCUGAAGCUGGUCUUUUCCCAGUGGCGGAUCUCCAGAAUUUGAGGAAAAUCAACUCAGACCUUGAGGGGCACCCUACUCCCAGACUGAAUUUCAUCGAUGUAGGAACUGGUUCUCUGGGACAGGGUCUCGCUAUCGCAGGAGGAAUGGCCUAUGUUGGCAAAAACUAUGACAAAUCUAACUACAGAGUCUACUGCCUUGUUGGUGAUGGAGAAAGUGCUGAGGGCUCGAUCUGGGAAUCCGUACACUUCGCUGCACACUACAAACUGGACAAUUUGGUGGUCAUCAUCGAUGUAAACCGUCUUGGACAAAGUGAAGAAACUUCUCUUGGCCAUGAUGUUGAAAACUACCGCAGACGUUUCGAAUCAUUCGGAAUGCACGCUAUCGUAGUAGAUGGGCAUGAUGUAGAGGAACUGAUAAAAGCUUUACAUACAGCUGCAACCACCAAGGGCAAACCAACAGCUAUCGUUGCCAAGACCUUCAAAGGGAAGAAUUUCCCCAAAAUCGAGAACCUGGAUAACUGGCAUGGCAAAGCUUUGGGAGACAAUGCUGAAAGAGUCAUUGAACAUUUGAACUCUUUAAUCAAAAACAGCGGACCCUUGCUAGUACAUCCUCAGAAACCUUUGAAAGAUGAUGCCCCAGUUGUGGAUAUCACAAACAUCAAACUGGAUUCGCCGCCUGAUUACAAACUUGGCCAAUCUCUAGCUACCAGAGUUGCUUAUGGAACAGCUCUUGUAAAAAUCGCCAAAAACAAUCCAAGGGUAAUUGCUCUAGACGGAGACAUGAAGAACUCUACUUUCUCUGAGAAUUUGAAGAAGUAUGAUCCUACCAGACACAUUGAGUGCUUCAUUGCCGAGCAAAGUCUUGUUGGUACCGCCAUUGGCGCUGCCUGCAGGGACCGCACAGUAGUAUUUGUCUCAACUUUCGCCACUUUCUUUACCAGAGCUUAUGAUCAGAUUCGAAUGGGAGCUAUUUCUCAGAGCAACGUCAACUUCGUCGGGUCUCACUGUGGAGUCAGUAUUGGAGAAGAUGGGCCCAGUCAAAUGGGUCUGGAAGACUUGGCGUUAUUCCGAUCUAUACCUGGCAGCACCGUUUUCUAUCCAGGUGAUGCAGUGGCUACAGAACGUGCAGUGGAACUGGCUGCUAACACCAAGGGCAUUACUUUCAUCAGGACCAACAGACCUAACACUCCUGUGAUCUAUCAGAACAAUCAAGUUUUCGCUGUUGGCAAAGCUCAUGUAGUGAAGAAGUCUGACAAAGACCAAAUCGUUCUCAUAGGCGGAGGCGUGACCCUUCACGAGGCCAUAACGGCCUCGGCAGAACUAGCCAAAGCUGGUAUCGGGGCCAGAGUGAUCGACCCGUUCACCGUAAAGCCCCUGGACAAGGAAACGAUCGUCAGCAACAUCCGACAAUGCGGGGGCAGGGCUGUCGUGGUUGAAGACCACUACUACGAGGGUGGACUAGGGGAGGCUGUGAUCGCUGCGGCUGCUCUGGAAAGGAACACGGUCAUCAAACAUCUCGCCGUGGGAGAGGUGCCGCGGUCUGGGCCCCCUCUGGUGCUGCUGGACAAGUACGGCCUUUCGGCCAAGCAUAUCGUUGCUGCUGCGCAAGAGGUGUUGAAAAUCUGAGAGAUUUCGAAGUGUUUCUUGAAUUUUUUGAUGGUUCCAUUUUUUAUAUUGUCUAUUCUGUACGUUCUAGUUGAAAUGAAUAUAAAAUUUAUUUUAUUGAUG